UUUAAACAGAAACUGGAAUAUUCUAUCUGGUCUUUCAAGCCCUAAUUCUCUCUUUCCCCCUCUCUGUCUCUCUGUUUCUGAAGGUAAAAAAUGACUGAGCCGUCAAAAGUCAUUCAUGCUCGCAAUGUGGGCCAAGAGAUCUCAGAGAAUGACUUGCUUCAGCUAUUUCAGCCCUUUGGAGUCAUUACCAAACUUGUAAUGCUUAGGGCAAAAAAUCAGGCCCUCUUGCAAAUGCAAGACAUUGCUGCAGCUGUAAAUGCCAUGCAAUUCUAUUCAAAUGUUCAGCCCAGCAUAAGGGGGAGAAGUGUAUAUGUACAGUUUUCAUCUCAUCAAGAACUGACAACCGUGGAUCAGAAUGCACAAGGGCGAGGAGAUGAGCCCAAUCGAAUUCUCUUAGUUUCGAUACAUCACGUGCUAUAUCCUAUAACUGUGGAAGUGCUGCAUCAAGUGUUUUCACCUCAUGGAAUCGUUGAGAAGAUCGUGACAUUUCAGAAGUCGGCCGGUUUUCAAGCUUUAAUUCAGUACGAAUUAACUCAGACUGCUAUUUCUGCUAGGAACUCUCUCCAGGGGCGUAAUAUAUAUGACGGCUGCUGUCAGCUUGACAUACAAUUCUCAAACCUGGAUGAAUUGCAAGUGAGCUACAACAAUGAGCGCUCGAGAGACUUCACCAACCCAAAUCUACCAUCAGAGCCGAAGGGCAAAUCUCCUCAACAAGGAUAUGGAGAUGCUGGAGCCAUGUACCCCUGGCAAGGUUCUGGGCCUCGUGGAGUUGGAUUUCCUCAGAUGGGAAAUGCUGCAGCCAUUGCGACUGCCUUUCCUAGCGGUUUGCCCCCUGGUAUAAGCGGGACAAAUGACAGGUGUACUAUUAUUGUAUCUAAUGUAAAUCCAGAUAGAAUAGACGAGGACAAGCUUUUUAAUCUGUUCUCCAUUUAUGGGAACAUUGUCAGAAUUAAACAUUUACGGAAUAAACCAGAUCAUGCUCUUGUUCAGAUGGGCGAUGGCUUCCAGGCAGAGCUGGCUGUGCACUUUUUGAAGGGUGCCAUGUUAUUUGGCCAGCGGUUGGAAGUCAACUAUUCCAAGUACCCAAAUAUUAACACCGGACCAGAGACCCGCGACUAUUCGAACUCAAAUCUCAAUCGUUUUAACCGGAAUGCUGCCAAAAACUACCGGUACUGUUGCUCCCCCACCAAGAUGAUCCAUGUUUCAAGCCUGCCCCAGGACGUGACGGAAGAAGAGAUAGUGGCUCAUUUGGAGGAGCAUGGUCCCAUUGUGAACACAAAGCUUUUCGAAAUGAAUGGGAAGAAGCAGGCUCUUGUUCUUUUCGAUAACGAGGAGCAGGCAACUGAGGCACUUGUUUGUCAACAUGCUACAUCCCUUGGUGGAUCGAUCAUUCGGAUUUCGUUUUCUCAGGUGCAAAGCAUCUGAGAAGCCUUCCUGGAUGAGUUUAUGAAAAGAAUAGUACACUGGAUAUUAACAACUAAACAGUGGUUUUUGCUUUUGUUGUAACUUCAGUUUCUUCAUUGACUUAUGUACUUAUCUUUUGCAUAGGGAGAUUGAAGUGUGUUGUACUAAUAUGGUAGUCAAAAUUGUUUAAUAGAGAGGUGCUUCCUUUCUUC